GACAUUUGCCGAGUUGGCUUUCUGCAGCCAUCAACAGCCAAUCUUUCUAUCGAAUUUCUAAACAUUCUUUUUCUCUUGCUACAAAGUGCAAACAGCAGCUUUCCUCUCUUUCUCGGCUACUGAAAGAAGUACUACGUGCAGUAUGCCUAUGUCUUCGUUGGUAGCGGGGAUCCAUCGUAGCCUAUCCGAAACGCUCAGUGUGUCGUGACCACGCAGCUACCGGUGUCCACCGUCGUGUAACUUUCCCCCGGCCCCGGAGCUCCGGCCUCCGGUCGGACACGGUUGACCCACACUAAAACAGCCACAAUGCUGCUGAGCGGUCGUUGUGCACGUCGACAAGCUUCGGAACGGCUUGUGGAGCAUGUCUUCUGCGCUAUGCUACUGGUGCUCAUUACGUCGCUUACUAGCCAUGUGGCUUGCCUUGGCCCUGAAGCAGACCUUCUCAAUGAGAGGAGGGAUCGUGGAGAAGUGACAGCGAGGAGUAGAAAUUUUGACCUCGAUAGCUUUACCAAUGUGGCAGGUAUGAAUGGAAGAAUGAAUGAUCGGAUGGAGAUGGCGGAGGGCGUUCAGAGCGACGAGAGACACGUGUUCAAUAUCACCGACUAUGGUGCUGUGGGAGAUGGUGUGACAAACUGCACACAAGCAUUCCAGGCGGCCAUCCGAGCAGCUUCCAAGGCCGUCAAUCACUCAACAGUCUAUGUACCUGCUGGGAAGUUUCUCACUUCACCACUACGACUGGACGACUGCAAGAAUACCUGGCUGGUGAUUGAGGGCACGGUACUUGCACCAAGUGAGACGGCUGAUUGGCAUGGCAAGAACCACUUGAUCAAGUUCACGGAGCCCACGAACUGCAGUGUGCUUGGUGUGAGCGGGACGGCAUCCAUCGACGGGGUCGGUGCUGUCUGGUGGGCCAGUGAGGCUGCAGGGAAUAGCUCCCGACCGGAUCUACUGAUAUUCAAAGGAGGUAUGCAUGGUUACCCACAGCCCAGCGUAUUCAACAUCAGCUUGGUGAAUGCACCCGGUGCACACAUCAAAAUACAGGACACCGUUAUGUACGCAGGAGUGGAAAUUGUCGGAGUCAUGAUCGAGGCAAACGAUGACAAACACGCCGACGGGGUCGUUGCAAUUAACGCGUCGUUUCUCGUGGACCGCUCCUCAAUCAGCGUUGGUGGCACCAACGUCCUUUCAAAGACUGAGUACGGUGACAGCAGUCGAUCGUUCUUUGGCUUGACUCAGGUCGUCCUCAGCAAAGGUGAUGGCCUGCAGAUGCUAGUGACGGAUGGGAUUCUGGCCAACGUAAGCACCUGGGACGUUUCUAUGAAAAAUACUCGCUAUGGCGUGUCCUUGCUCGGUGCCAGGGACGGGUCAGGCAUGGUGGAGCAGAUGGACAUGGAGCAGAUCACUAUGGACGGUGUCGGCACGCCUAUCGUCGUUGACAACACGCAUUGUCCUCCGUCUCACCAUGGUUGUACACAUCCUGCCAGAGGAGUGAAAUUGUCUAUUGUCAUGGAUGACAUCAGUGCCACACAGACCAGCGGCAGUGCUGGUGAGUUCCAGUGCGGCCAGCCCGACAUGUGCUUCGUUGCGCUUGACAAUGUGACCGUGUCUGCGUUGCCACCGGCGACCGGGAACGCGUUCCACUGCAGCAACGUCACGGGACAGGCGUCCGACACAGUGAAACCCCCGGCAUGCUUUCCUAAAAGUGUGGCAUAAGCAUACAGUGGUCCCAUUAUAAUCCGGCACCAUUUGUGCUAAAGAAAUUCUGCUGGAUUAGGGAGGGUGCUGGAUUAACAAAACUUUACGGUGAUUUUCGGCUGCAAUGUGCGUGAGGAGGUUAUUUUGGCUACUGAAAAUUGUGCUGAUUUAUAAAGUGGUGGGGUAAAGAGGGACAUCAAUCACGCGCGAGGCAUGCCCUGGACGCACCUAGUGGGAGGUGGUGCAUUUGUCACUUUCGAAACAAUCUUUAACCAUUUCUCCCUGCUGUAGCUUUUUAUCGUACUUUCAGUGCAAAGUUUCGUGAAACCCGGCUAAUUUCAAGGAGCCACACGCUCGCAGUGCAUGCCCUGUACGGUAUGAUUCAUGAUCUUCAGAAAAGGUGACGUCAACAAGGAAUUCCGCCACGGGCCGAAGCAACUGGGGCUGCGCACUACUCUUGAUGUUACAUAAAAGCAGCACAUUACGCUCUGCCUCCGCGGUGUUGAGCACUGCAAAAGCAGCACAUUACGCUCUGCCUCCGCGGUGUUGAGCACUGCAAAAGCAGCACAUUACGCUCUGCCUCCGCGGCGUUGAGCACUGCAAAGGCAGCACAUUACGCUCUGCCUCCGCGGUGUUGAGCACUGCAAAAGCAGCACAUUACGCUCUGCCUCCACGGUGUUGAGCACUGUCAGCACACUAGAUGCAUCCUCCGGUGAAAGCAGCACUGUAAAUCUAUCAUGCGUUGCACACUUCUGACUUUUGUAUACGGUACAUUUGUAUCAUCAUGCAGAGGUUGCAUUAAGAAAUCAACGUGUGUUCCAAACCAGUCUCUAU